AUGAGUAAAGAGGAAGAAGAACCCUCUUCCUCUUCUUCUGCUGCAGAAGACAGCAGCGGCAGCAGCAGCUCGGACUCCGAGUCGGGCGAGCAGCAGCAGCAGCAGCAGCAGCAGCAAAGAGAGAAAAAGAGUAAAAGCAAAAGCAAAAGAGCAGCAGAAAAAACAAAAAGUAAACGGCAGCAGGCGAGAGAGAGAGCAGCAAAACGCAGAAGGGGAGUCAGCGCUUUCCUCGAUGUCGAGGCCCAGGUUGGAGAUGAAGAAGAAGAAGAAGAACUGGACGAAUUCAUAGACCCUAGCGAAGCCCGCGAAGCUUCGCGGUUAGCAGCAAAAGCGGCAGAAGCGCGGCGGCUGUCGCAGCAGCAGCAGCAGCAGCAGCAGCAGCAGCAGCAGCAGCAGCAGUGGGGCCGCCGCGGCGGCUCCGCACAUCUUUUUGUAGUUUCGCAGACAACGCUGCAGCCCCACGAGGACUUGUGA